AUGUCGCUGUCAUCUAUCCUUUCUGCUGAUGCUAUCGCCACUGCGAUCAAGGACUGCCAAGCACCGGACUCCUUCUGCCCAAAAAAGUUCUUCCAGGACUGUGGCCUCACCAAGAAGAGUCCCCAGGAUGUGAGGAAGGUUUUUGGCGUUCUGGACAACGAUGGAAGCGGUUACAUUGAGGAGGAUGAGCUGAAGUUUAUCCUCCAGAGGUUUUGUCCUGGCGCUCGAGUCCUGACAGACACAGAGACCAAGACCUUCCUGAAUGCUGCCGAUGACGACAGCGAUGGGCGGAUUGGAGUAGAUGAGUUCCAAGCUAUGGUCCUGUCUUAAACACGUCACAUCUUCUCCAUUGUACAUGGCUUCAAGGGCUUCUUUUAGUUUCCAUCUGGUCCACCUUGUCAUCAUGUGUUUUCCCC